GCCACUAACAGAGAAGUGACGUCGAUAUGCGGACUGUGCGUUUGCUGUCGUUGUUGUCAGUCAGGAAUUUUUACCACAUCGUGAUCACCUUCAUUUUAUAUAUACGUUGAAUCUCAAACAUGACACACGAGGGAGACGGAACCCCCCAGUUUUAUAUCUGCAAAUGUUUCACGACUGACAAUAUUUUCUUGAAGAACUAUAAGAUCCAUGUCCGCUUUGUAUCCGAGCAGCAGUUCAGACUGGACUAUCAGUCGAUGCUUCGAACGCUGGGCUGCGUCACAGAGCAACAGUUUGAUGAUGUCAUCAACGAGAUUUCACAGGAAGUAAACAGACGAAGACUUCUCAGUGUGACGUCUGCUGAGAGAGUUGCUUCUAUAAAAGUCAUUUAUCAGCCCCUUCAUAGUAAUGUCUACUGUCUGCAGGAAACCUACCUUGCUCCAAAGUUCAAGAAGAUUGUCGAGUAUUGUCGACACAGCAGUGCUAGUAGAGAUGGACUCUUAGACUUGUUGGAGGAAGCAGCAGCUCACAGGGUUUAUCGCUUCCCCGUGUUUGAGAAAUGGUUCUGUGAAGAGCUGUUGGAGGAGCUGGAACAUUUUGAGACGUCUUCAGCCCCUAAAGGUAGACCCAACACCAUGAACCAUUAUGGGAUCCUCCUGAACGAACUAGGCUUUGAUGAGGGUUUCCUCACACCGUUACGUGAGCAGUACCUGCGUCCGCUCACCUCCUUGCUCUAUCCAGACUGUGGGGGGUGCUGUCUUGACAGUCACAAGGCCUUUGUGGUCAAAUAUGACAUGAAUGAAGCCCUUGACCUGAGUUACCACUAUGACAAUGCAGAGGUGACUCUGAACGUGUCUCUGGGCAAGGACUUCACAGAUGGCAACCUUUAUUUUGGAGAUAUGAGACAGGUGCCUUUAAGUGAGACAGAAUGUUCGGAGGUUGAACACAAUGUAACAGAGGGCCUUCUCCAUCGGGGCCAGCACAUGCAUGGGGCCCUGCCCAUCUCCUCUGGCCAGCGGUGGAACCUCAUCAUCUGGAUGCGAGCGUCGAAGGAACGCAACAAACUGUGUCCCAUGUGCAACACAAGGCCGACGCUGUUGGAGGCAGAGGGCUUUGCUGACGGGUUCACCAAACAGUCUGAGGAGCUACCAAAUGUUUCCUGUGUGCUGACGUGACCUGUCCAGCUGCAGUUGUACAGGCUGUUAUUUAUAACACUGUCGUAGACUGACGUGGACGUUCCUGUCUACUGAUUGAUUCUACUGAUUUGAUUGGGGCUUAGAUAACCAAGACUACACCAGGCAGAAGUCCUUAAAUAGAAAGAAUUCCAAAAGACAUACUUUGAAGAAUUUCUCAUUUGUUGGCUGUAUUAAUAGUAGCAGUGAUUUAUUAGAUACAGUGAGUUUAACUUUAUUUAUUUAUUUUGUAUUACUUUACAAUUCUAGUAUCUAGUCUCAUGUUAGUACUAUCUUAAAUUGCAGUAUUAUUAAAUAAUAUUAAAUUGCAUUACACUUGGCCGUUACCCAAACCACUGCUAAACCUGAUGAACUGCAUCUAGUGAUGUCACAUAGGUUCAGCUUCGGUAUAGGCCACAUACUGCCAUAGUGUACCUGAAUCUCUGAACUGCCUGGUGGUGGUGAUGUAAGCAUCGUAGAUGCAGAAAUAACACUUAUGGUGCAUUGGUUUGAAACUGUUAAAUACCAGAACAUCACAAAAUAAUUUGGAAUAAUGUAAUUUUAAUUACGUAAAUUAAACACAUUGUGCAUUUUAUGUUUUAUGUCAUAUGAAUGUUGUGUUACAGCAAUGUCUUUGAGUAGAUACAUUAGCAUGCGCACUAGGCGGAGUUCACAUAAUAAAUGAAGCAUCUGCAGCAUGACCAGAACAUCAGGGUUUUUGGUUGUUUCUUUUUGUUCCAGGUUACUGGUUAGUACAGAGCAAAAGCAGGGAAAGAGCUUAUGCUGUGGGACUGAGACACUACAGCCAAAACCAUCAGAACAACACAAAUAUGCAAAGGCUAAUACAAAGUUAAAGAUAUUGCUUAGUGCAGACUUUCAUCAUUGUGGUCAUUUGUCUGGAUAUCCAUACCCUUGAAAAAUUACCUACAGUACAUUUUUGCAUUGUACUGCAUUAAAAUGAAUUGAAAUGUGUCGUAAGUAAUUACAGUAACAGUACUAUAUUGUCAACAAAUAAAGAAAUCAAACAUA